AUGACGAACGUCUGCGGCGCUGGCUACCCGACCGAUCUGCGUCACGUGGAGAAGUGGUCUAGCUCUUGUGUGACGUCGGCGCCGAUGGACGGGACUGGUGGUGGUGGCGCCGUGCCGACGGAUGUUAUUCUGACGUGGGCCGGGCACGACCUCGAUCACCUGCAUGCCAAACUCGUGCGAUACCGUCGCGUGGUGGUGAGCCUUCCGACCCCAGCCGAUCAAGUCAACCCGGUGGAGAACUACGACCUGAUCGCCUCCACAACGAUGGAAGGCGGCGGUCUGACCUGGACGUCGAAUCGAAGUCUCACGUUGCGCUGCCAGAGGAAGAAAAGUCGCUGCGAUGUCGCGCGGGUGCCGGAGGACUUGCUGGCUGAGACGAGCAGCUCGAAUGCGUUUCGUUUCUCUCUUCUCUCGGUGCCGGCGUCCUUGGCGGCGGGGGCGGCGGAGGGAGCGGUGGGUGUGGCCUACCAGCGCUCCGUCUACACCAUCGCCACGUUGGUGUGGCGCUACGUGCUGCUUCUGCUAUCCUUCCUGCACACGCUGCGCUUCAUCGCGUUUCGCAAGUACACGAGCACCUUGUACGAGCAGGCGUGGACGCUGGCGCUGCAGGUCGCGCUGCUCUGGUACCUCAACCCGCUGUUUGCGCUGAACAUCACGAUCUGGCCGAUGCCGGCCGUGCUGGCCUUCAUGGAGUACCGCAUCCCGACGUACUUCAUGGCGGUGCUCAUCGCUUAUAUGCUGUCCGUCAUGACCGCCUCGAUGGCGUGGCCCACACACGCCGGACGCACCACGCCGCCGAGUGUCGUGGCGCGUGCGAAGGCUUUUCUUCUGCGCAGUCACAACGUGUACGACCCACCCAAGUGGACAAAGAUCAUCGUCUUUCUCUAUCUCGUGUGCGUCUUUGUGCUGGUGAUUGUGGACGCGUGCGUGGAGGAGUUCGACUGGUACGCCGCUUCUAACAGCUACACGCGCUUUGCACGACUGUAUUGGGCGGCCAUUGCGCUGCUGCUCUUUGGCGGGCUGGUCUGUGUUGUGCUGCUGAUGUAUUUGCGCAGUUACCUCGGCAACAAACCGUACCUCGAAAGCCGUCCGCAGCAGCUCGCGUGCAGGGUCUUCCUCAUGAUCUUCCUGUCCGCCGUGGUGUACUACGUUAUUCACUGCUUGGUGUUCUUUUUGCUGUACAAUCACGACUUCCCCGUUGUGGCCUCGCAUCAGCCGUUCCUGCAGCUGCCAACGUUGAUGGUGGCCAGCUUCUUCGUGAACAUCAUGACCUUCGUUUACACCUCGCAGAACCGCGACGACAACGUGCCGAUCAACCCGAAGGACUCGCGUUGGAAGCACAUGGUGUGGCCGGACUCGUGGUACCGCUGGUUGGCCCGACACGGCGGCAGCCAGUACAUCUUCUCCACGGAAGUUGAGGAGACGCGCUUCUACCGUCUCCAGUUCGAAUUCCGCAAGCGUCAGUUCAUGGCACGACAGAAGCGCAAGCAGCAACAACCACAACGCAGCGGUGCAGGCGCAGGUGGGAAUGGGAAUGAAGACAGCGCUCUGUACGAGCGGUCCACCUCGUUAGGGACGCAGCGGGAGGCGACACACAGCGGCUUUUUUUCGCUGUUCCGCACGCACAACGCGAUGAGUGGCAGAACGACGCGGCGGGCAUCGCGUGAAGCGGCGGCAACGCGAGGAGGUGGGGGCGGGGAGGCGCUGUGGCGGACGGACGUCUGGCAGACCCCAAUGCCGAGUCAGCCGCCAAGUCCGCUGUCGAGCGACGUGGAGGGGAGCGAUGGCGAAGGGAUUCCCUCGCAGCCGCCGGCGCGGGUUUAUCCAAACAGCUUUGCCGCCACUGGUGCGAUGCGCGGCGCGCCGGGUGAGGGGCGUCGCCGCGUGGGUCGCGACGCCGGCAACCGCCCCAAUCGUUGGGAGAACCCCGAUGCCCCCAACACGACAAACGUAAGUUUUCUUCCGGGCCCGCGCAAUAGUAGUUUCGCGCGCCCGCGCGAUGCGGCGGCUGCGGCUGCGGCGGCGAACGUCACCUCGGUGAACCUGGCGGCGCGAAGUGUGCUGAACAUGGAUCGCUUUAGCACCUACUUUUUGGCAGACGGCGGGAACGGCGUCGCCAACACGGAUCCGAUGGCGUCCGCUGCAGGGCCGGGCAACAGCGGCAGCGGCGGUGGUGGCUACGCGAGACGUCCGAACAGUCGGCUGACCACCCCGAGCCAAAGCCCCCAGCGCGAGCCCGGCAGCGCCUUCGACGCCUUUGCGGUCGAGGGCCCCGCCCGUCAUCGCAGCCGUCUUCUGCAAGGCACCUCUACAGCACGACGCCACGACAACGCAGGGCUGCGCCGCGAGCAGACGAUGACGGUGGCGGAAAACCAAAUCGCACUGAGUCGCACCUUUGCGGGCUUUGAAGGCCGUCCGCGCUACGCACCGCAGACCGAACACGUGUCGACGCCGCUGGUGGUUGGAGAGGGCCUGCGCAGCGGUGCCUGUCACGCGCGCUCGCGCUCGGCCGGCAGCGUCGCGCACAGCAACAGCGCACACGCGAACUACGAUGCCGAAAGGUCCUCGCCGCCGAUACCUCCACCGCAGCGGCAACAUCAGCGCUAUCGUGACCCGGUGCACGAAUCCACACGAGCGGCUUCCACUACCGCCGGCACGCGUCCAAAGGGCGGGCAUGGGGACGAAGUCAGGCCAACACGCAGGUCUCCUCGGGGCCCCUCGACGAGCAACAACAACGAGGAAACGGAGGACCCGUGCUAUAGCGGCAGCAUCGACGUGACGGACGAAGCCACCGCCGGCACUGCACACGCGCGGCAGUCAGAGGCGCUGCUGCAGGCACUACGGCAAGUGCAGCAGUAUUCUUUUGCCUCGCCAGCCGACACGCUGAGGAGAGGACCCCACGCGCUCCCCACCUUUGCGGCAACGCCCACCACGGCGCAGCCCGUCAAACACGCCAGCGGCAAUGAUGGCAACGGCGAAGGAGCGCACGCGAAACGCCGUCGUGCACCGGCGCCGCUCGCGUCGACCGCCACCGGGCAUCGGUCCUUCGGUGCACCACCCACCGACGUCAACGCAGCGUCGACCACACUGCUGGAUGACAUGGCCUCUGACCUCUCGCAGCCGACCAGCGAGGAGGAAGACGGCGCGCACUACCACAGCGACGACGACGGCGACGAUGGGCAUGGCCGCGGGCGGCGCUCCUUCUUUCACACGUUGAACGUGGUGCGAGAACGCCUGGGCGCCGCGAUGGGGGCGGCGGAGAAGCACCUGUUCGAAAAGCCGGCGCGCAAUUUAGACCGCUUCGAGACGCACAUCUUUGAUGCCGCCUACCGCCCUUUCCAGUCCAUGCACUACCUUCCGUUUUUUAACCUGGAGACGGCGAUUGACUGUUUUAACGUAUCGUGGGAGGCGUAUGGCGUGGAGAAGAGCGGCGGCGAUGACGCGAUUGAGACGGGCAUCAAAAUGACGCCACAGAACGUGCCGAAGACGGUGGCGCACGGCGUGAAGAAGGUGGUAUGUGGGUGCUGCCCAGCGGAGGACGACUCUAGCCAGGACGAGGAGGACAGCAGCGAGGACGAGAACGCGGCGGGCACUGGUGGUAACGAUCGGGUGGUGCGCUACCUGCAGGCAAGUGGACACUAUAAUGCCAGCAGCGACCAUGUUGGAAGCGGCGAAGGAGAGCAGCGGCAAGACUCGACGUCGGCCGCCGUGCCCCCCGCACCGGGCGGCAGACAAGCGGCGAGCACCGUAGCGCAGGCAGAACAACACGAGAUGCUGCCCCGGCACGCGUCGGCGACUGGCGUAGACGGCGACAAGGACGGCGACAAGACCCUGUCACCGCUGCACCACGCCGCCGUCCACGACGCUGACGACGCCGUGGUGAUUGUGCACAUGACGGGGGAGGGAGAGCAGAACAACGUGCCGACGGCGGAGCGCGCGCCGCAGGCUGCCGCGUCGCAGCCCAAACGGCCAGAUAAGGAAGGAAGCAACGAGGCGGAUGCCGAUGCGGUAGUGCAGCAGACGGUGGCGGCGGCGGCGGCUGGUGAGCUGCCUUCGCGCGGUCUCGCGCAGGGCGGUCCGGUCACCACGGUCAACGCUCCCUCGUCCAACCCGGCCGUCCCCACCACCUCUACCCUUUUCCCGAUCGAUGUGGAGAAGUACGGUUUCACCCUGCUCCUCGUGGCAGAGGCGAAGGAGGUGCAGGUGAUUAUGGUGAAGAUGGACACCAACGCCCCGGAGCAUCGCGGGAAGGCACCACGCAUCAUCAUCGGCUUCCGCGGGACGGCCAACAUGAGCAACGCGAAGUACGACAUGAACAUCCACCGCGUCGUGUGGCGUGAAAUGGAGCGAGUCGAGGCGGAGGACAACCAGAACGGCUCUAGCGGGGUGCCAACGGAUAUGGCCAGCACGCUGGACGGCGGCAGCACUAUGGGUACGCAGCACCUCGGCUGUGCGGCGUGCCUCCGCUCCUGUGCCCGGGCAACCUCGUGGCGGCCGACGUGUCACGCCGGCUUUCUCGUCAUCUGGAAGACGCUCAAGCCGACGGUGAUGCAGCGGCUGCGCGCGAUCGUAGAGGAGGAUCGCAACAUCGUCUACCGCAUCUUCACGACGGGCCACAGCUUGGGUGGGGCGCUCGCUUCCCUCAGCGCGUACAGCAUCACGGCGGUGCUGCGCCGCAUGGACUACCCCAUCCCCGAGGUGACCGUGUACACCUACGGCCAGCCCCGGAUGGGCAACCGCACCUUCCAGCGCAUCUACAACAAGGCGGUGCCGCGCUCCUUCAGUGUGGUCAAUGAGAGCGACGUCGUCGUGUCCAUGACGACGUUUGGCGGCUACCACGUCGGCAUCGAGGUGGACGUCGACCGCAACGGCAACUUCAUCGUGAAGCCGACGGAGAUUGAGAAGCUGUUCCCGCCGACAGCGGGGCGGGGGAUGACGGUGAUAAACCACCUCAUGGCGAACUACGGCGUCUCGCUGAACGCGAUUGCCUCGCGCACGACGUGUCCGGCGCGCGGCCUGGCCUGUUACUCGACGGCCGAUCCGGAGAAGAUCGCCCGGGAGAAGGCGAAGGAGGACGCGGUGAGGCAGUUGCAGGAUGCGAAGAAGCAGGGGGAUGCGGGCCCACGUGGGCAGUAG